AUGGAGGCAAUUUUAGAUUUUUCGAAAGAUUUAGAUAUUGCUUUAUUUGAUCAAGUUGUUGAUACUUUUUAUAAAGGAUCAGGUAAUGAUCAAAAAAAUGCUCAAUUGGUUUUGAACAAAUUUCAAGAACAUCCUGAUUCAUGGAAAUUUUCCGAUAAAAUAUUAUCAAAUUCAAGCAAUGCUCAAUCAAAAUAUAUCGCUUUGUCAUCAUUGAAUAAAUUAAUUCAAUAUAGAUGGAAAACUAUCCCUGAUAAUGAAAGAGUUGGUAUUAGAAAUUUCAUUGUCAAUAUGAUUAUUAGUCUUUGUGAUAAUGAACAGGAAUUUGAAACUCAGCGUGCUUUGAUUAAUAAGAUUGAUUUAACAUUAGUUUCUGUCUUGAAACAAGAAUGGCCACAUAAUUGGCCUGAAUUCAUUCCAGAAAUUGUCAUGAGUUCAAGAUCUUCUUAUAACGUUUGUGAAAAUAAUAUGAUUAUUUUGAAAUUACUAAGCGAAGAAGUUUUUGAUUAUAGUCAAGAUCAAUUAACUCAAGCUAAAGCUCAACAAUUGAAAAUUAGUAUGAAGAAUGAAUUUGAAAAAAUUUUUAAAUUAUGUUAUGAGAUUUUAGAUAAAACUACUAAACCUUCAUUGAUCAUUGCCACUUUGAACGCUUUAUUAAAAUAUAUUCAAUGGAUCCCUACUGAUUAUAUCUAUCAAACUGAUUUAUUGAGUCUUUUAUCUACUAAAUUUUUAGCUCCUGCUGAUACUAGAGCCAUCGCAUUAAAAUGUUUAACUGAAGUGUCAGCCUUACCGGGCGACAAUGAAAAAACUUUGAUUUAUUUCAAGAAUACUUUGGAACAAAUUUAUUCUAUUGUUCCAAUUACUACUAAUUUGAGGAAUUCUUAUAAAGUUGCUUCUUCUAAUGAUCAAUCAUUCUUGCAAGAUUUUGCUAUGUUUUUAUGUACCUUUUUGGGUAAUCAUUUACUUUUGUUGGAGAAACAUGAAGAAGCUAGAGAAUUGUUACAAAAUGCUUUGUAUUAUCUAUUAGAAUUAUCAAGAAUUGAAGAACGUGAGUUGUUUAAAACAACUUUAGAUUUCUGGUCAAGUUUUGUUUAUGAUUUAUUCAAAGAAAUGAGAGAUUUACCAAGUAGUCAAUUAUCUCCAAUGAUGCAAUUAACUUAUGGUAAUAAUUUCAGAGGUGGAUCUUCUGGUGGAGCACCAGAUCCAGCUGUUUUGGAAAAAUUCCCUUUGAGACAACAUAGAUAUGCAGAAAUUUUGUCAAAAUUAAGAUUAGUUAUCAUUGAAAAUAUGGCCAGACCAGAAGAAGUUUUGGUUGUUGAAAAUGACGAAGGAGAAAUUGUUCGUGAAUUUGUUAAAGAAAGUGAUACCAUUCAAUUGUAUAAAUCCAUGAGAGAAGUUUUAGUUUAUCUUACUCAUUUGAAUGUUGUUGACACUGAACAAAUUAUGAUUGAAAAAUUGGCUAGACAAAUUGAUGAAAGUGAAUGGUCCUGGCAAAAUAUCAAUACUUUAUGUUGGGCCAUUGGUUCGAUAUCUGGUGCCAUGAAUGAAGAUAUGGAAAAGAGAUUUUUAGUUAGUGUUGUUAAGGAUUUGUUGUCCUUGACAGAAAUGAAACGUGGAAAAGACAAUAAAGCAGUGGUUGCUUCCAAUAUUAUGUACAUUGUUGGUCAAUACCCUAGAUUCUUAAAAGCUCAUUGGAAAUUCUUAAAGACAGUGGUUAAUAAAUUGUUUGAAUUUAUGCAUGAAACUCAUGAAGGGGUUCAAGAUAUGGCAUGUGAUACUUUUAUUAAAAUUACCAUGAAAUGUAAGAAACAUUUUGUUGUGGUACAAUUGAAUGAAUCUGAACCUUUUAUUAAUGAAAUUAUCAAUAAUAUUCAAUCUAUAACAGAGGAUUUACAACCACAACAAGUUCAUACUUUCUAUGAAGCUUGUGGUAUUAUCGUUAGUGCGCAAAAUAAUAAAGAAGCCAGAGAUAAACUAUUGGGAGAAUUGAUGGCUUUACCAAAUAUGGCAUGGACAGCAAUUAUUCAACAAGCUCAUCAAGAUCCGGAAUUAUUAACCAAUACUGAUACCGUUAAAAUCAUUGCCAAUAUUAUUAAAACCAAUGUAUCUGUUUGUAAAGCUUUAGGACCUGGAUUCUAUUCACAAUUGGGUGGAUUAUAUGUUGAUAUGUUGACCAUGUAUAAAGCUGUUUCACAAAUGAUUUCUGAUUCUGUUGCUAAGGAUGGUAUAAUUGCUACUAAAACACCUAAAGUUAGAGGAUUAAGAACCAUCAAGAAGGAAAUUUUGAAGAUGAUUGAAACUUAUAUUAAUCAAGCUGAUAAUUUACAAGAAAUUGUUCGAGAUUUGGCUCAACCAUUAUUUGGUGCUGUAUUAGAAGAUUACAGUUCUAAUGUUCCAGAUGCAAGAGAUGCUGAAGUUUUAAGAUGUUUAACUGCAUUAGUUUCCAAGGCGGGACAUUUAAUUCCUGAUGGAGUGGUUUUGAUUUUACAAAAUGUUUUUGAAUGUACAUUAGAUAUGAUUAAGAAUGAUUUUGUUGAAUAUCCCGAACAUAGAGUUGAAUUUUAUAAAUUAUUGAAAGAAAUCAAUGCUAAAUCAUUCCAAGGAUUGUUGCAAUUAUCAGGAGAAGCGUUCCAAUCAUUGAUUAAUGCAGCUUUAUGGGCAUUUAAGCAUAAUAAUAGAGAAGUUGAAGAUAAUGGAUUAUCAUUAACAUUAGAAUUGAUUGAAAAUGUUGAAAAAUUGGGUGAUACACCAUUUACCAAAGCAUUUUAUGAGAAUUUUUAUUUCCAAAUUUUAUCAGAUACUUUGUAUGUUUUCACACAACCUGAUCAUAAAGCUGGAUUUAGAUAUCAAUCACAACUAUUGGCACAAUUGAUACAUUUAGUUCAAGAUAAUGUUAUUAAGAAUCCAUUAUAUACUCCUGACCAAGCACCACAAGGAACCAGUAAUUCUGAUUUCUUGAAGCAAUAUUUAUCACAAUUAUUAUCAUCUGCAUUUGCCAAUUUGCAACAAGAACAAUUGGUUAAUUUCUUGAAAGUAUUAACUAGUGUUUACAAUGAUUUAUAUAAAUUUAAAUCUAUUUUAAGAGAUUUCUUGGUUCAAUUGAAAGAAUUUGGAGGAGAUCCAACUGAUUAUUUAUUUGCUGAAGAUAAAGAAAUUGAAAAAGAAGAAAGAGCUAGAAUUCAAAGAGAAAAAGAUUUACAAGUUGGUGGUUUAAUUAGACCUUCUGAAAUGGAUGAUGAAUAA